CGCGACUCGCAUUCAUUCCUUCGCGUGUAACUUCCGAACUCAGCCCGCACACCCGCAUAAAACCUUCUCCUCCCUCCUCUCUGUCUCCCUCUCCCUGAAACCAAUUUACAGAGGGGAAAACGUCUGCGAGGGAGAGUUCUUGACAGCCGAAGCAGCAUCAUCGCGGCACGGGGAGAGAGAAUAAAGAACCGAGAAACCCACACACUGACUAAAGCUCUUGUAUAUACUCUUUAUCGUCCCUUCUUCCUCUUCUUUUUCUCUUGUUCUUUCAAUCGGGUUCGUCGUUCGGAGAGAUCUUGUCCCUCUACUGCGCAAUCACUGUGUAGUGGGCGAGGGUUUGCGGAUCCUUAUCGGAAUCUCCAUCAGUCGGAAGGUCCCUCGGGCGACUUAGGGUUUUGAUCACGGGGCGGUUUGAGAGACGUAGUACGGUAAUCGCACCUGCAACGAAAUGGGUGCGAGCUUCUUCUUUAUCCACAGCGAUUGGCAUUUCGAGCUGGGCAGCACUGUGGGAGGGUCUCUCAGAACUUGAGAUUGCUUAGAGCGGUGGUCGACGGGCAUUGGGUUUUGAUGGGAAUGGAAGAGGAUUGCACCUACAGAGUGGCGUAGGCGGUGGAAGAAGCAGCUCAAGAAUUCAACUUUUGUUCUUUUUGGGGAAAAUUAGGGUUUUUGGCGUUUUCCCUUUUCGGGAGCUUUGAUCCCCCACCGGUGGAUUACUUGGUUUUGGUGACCAGGGGAGAGAGGCGAUUCCUUUUUCAGGAGAUCAGGUUGUCCACGAGCCUCAUUGGAUCUCCAGAGGCCGUUUGACUUCUAUUGGAACAAUAUUCCGGAGGUAAUUCCAUAAGUGAGCUCUCGCGCCAGUGUUUUCACCUGACAAGCCGGGGUAUCAGCCUUUGAGUUUGAAUUGGUUGCUGGUCUAAUCUGCUCAAACUCGUUACUUUCGGGUGACAGGAGCCCUCAUAUUGCCGGUUGUUUAUACCUGUGGCUGCUGGAGUGUCUGUGAAGCUCAUGGCGGAAAAUUGACUUCACAUUACAAGGAUAUGGUCCAUGAAAGAGCAUCACCACCAGCUCAUUCCCUGGGGUGGCUUUACUAGAAAGUAAAUCCCGAGUUUUUUGUUUCUGGAAUAGCUGGCAUUUUGCGCCUUCGGGUAUUGCGCAAUGUCUCGCUGCUUUCCUUUUCCUCCGCCAGGCUACGAAAGGAAGGCUAGAGCAGAUGAUGUUGACUUACUAAAGAAGGAGAAGCAUCGAGAGAAGAAGCGUAAGAAGGAGAAGAAAGACAAAGAGAAGCGGGAGGAUAAAGAGAAAAGGGAGAAAGAUCGAAGUGAAGGGAAGCAUAGGGACAAGAAAGACAAAAAGGAAAGGCACAAAGAUAAAAAGAAGGAUAAGGAGGAUAGGGAAAGGGAUAAAGAGAAAAAUGGUGCCGCAGAUCAGAGGAGGCUAUCAGGACAGGCUGAUGGUAAUGACAAGGAGAAAAAUUCCGAUAAGGAUAGACUAUCUUGGCACUCCGGAGGGCCCUCAGGCGAGAAAACAAUUCAGGAUGCUGAGAAGGAUAAAAAGAAAAACCAUACCUUGUAUGAUAAAGGAGGUGCAGCGCAGCUUGCAUCUUAUAGUGCAGAGAAGAUAUCUCAGAAGAAUCAGAACAGCCAUUUCAUUGAGAAUUCCAAUGAUUCCAAGUUAGUGCAGGAGCUAGGCAAGAGGGUGAGAGAUGGUGCAGGAUUAGGGAGUCAGUCGGUUGAGAAGUUUACGGGUGUAGACCGGAAAAAGGAUGGGGGAAUGGCAGAAGCAACGAUUGCAGAAACUGGUUCUUUGCCUGACAGUAAGGAGAAAAUCCAUCAAAGGAAAGGGGGUGACCGAAAGUUGGGUGAGCGUGGAAUCAAGGAUGAGAGAAAAUUCAGUGGAAAUUCGGUGGUUCUAAACACUGGUGGAUCUAUUCAGACGGUACCCAGGCCAGUGGAGAAAAUUGUUGACAGGAGGAUGGAAGGGAAAGAGAAGAUCAAGGAAAAGGAAGGUGACAAUAGGGGGUGGGACAAGCGCAGUAUUGUGGAUAUGCCCCAGAUCAAAAGCCAAGGGAAGGACAAAGACAGGGACAGAGAGAAAAAGAAGGAGGACAAGGUGAAAAAGAGCGACGGCAGAAAGGAUGAACCCGAAAAAAUUAGAGAAAGCAAAAAGGAUAAUGCUGAUGCUAUCCCUACCCCUAAUGUUAUUGCACAACCUCUGGAGAACACAAACAAGGUUACUCUUACUGGGGUAAAUCUGAAGAAAAGAAAGGACUUAGAAGCAAAUGGGUUUUUACAUGAAAAAGAAGCCAAGUUGCACAAGUUGCCAAGACCUACAUCCACCUCUGAUUAUUUGACGGAGAAUGGAACGGUUUUGGACCCUUCCCCCGAGUUUUUAUGGGAUGGGUGGGAUUCCCCAGAUGCUCUUAAAGCAGAGAGCAAGGAGAACAAAGUAAACGGUAUUCUUGAUACCAAACCAGAUCCCUUCUCCACAAUUCAUCCCUUACCGGAAAAAUCUCUAGAAGAUCUAUUAGCUGAAGCAGCUGCCAGAUCACCCCAUCCCAAUUCGAAGUAUUUAGAUGAAUUAAUGGCUGUUCCGAAAUUGGAGGAAUUGUCGGAGUUGGAGCGUGAUGAAGAUUGGCUGUUUGCAAGCCGUCAACAAAAACCAAAGAAGGAAGAGGGAGGAUCUUCUAAGGUAGAAGAGGAGACACCCAGGAUUUGGGACAAAGCCAUCUACUUGGAGUCUGCAGAUAUUGUCGCUCUUCCUUACGUGGUUCCUUUCUAAUUGGCAUGAGAUGUAAAUUAUGGUUCACAAUCCUGAUUGUGGAGGCACUCUUCAGGACCAGAAUUUGCGAGGUAAUUUUCUAGAAACUGGCUGUGGAGAUGGAUCUUCUGAUUUUCCUGUGGGAUUUAUCUCCAACCACAUUCUGCAGAUCUGUGCCUUUCAAGGUAUAUUCAAGGCCCCGGCAGCCAUGACAUUCUGCAGAUUGAUUGUUUGCGGUACCGGGCAUUUGGGGGCACUUUCCGUACUUCUUGAAGGAACGACUAAUUCAUUCAAUGUGGGGACUUCUAUAGGAGCUAAUUUUGCUCAGAAAAGAGAGAUGGCAUUACCUUUGGGCAUUCGAUUCGCUUACAGGUUGGAGAUGUUCUUAGUUGAGAUGUUAGAGAAGCUAGAGCUUGUGGUCUUUGCAACUCCACCACAAUUUUGGUUUGUAACAUAGAAACUGUUUAUUUACAGAUGUAAGAUAGAAGGGAAAUGAUAAGGAAGAAGCGCAAUUCAUUCA